AUGCGCGUGGUUGGCAGUUUUGCAAACUUUUCCACGGGAGGCAGCUCUUUCUCCUCCUCGUCUACCAGUGCCUCUGCCCGGGACCCUGCGGCAGCAGCUGCCGCCGCCACCACCGCCUGCGAUGGUGGCCCACUCGCCCGGUCGGCCGGGCCAUGGCCUGCAGCCUGGCUGUGGCUGGUGGCAGCACUGGGCACCGUGUGGCUGCCGUGGGGCUUGCUGGUGCAGGGCCAGCGGCUGAUCUGCUGGCAGGCGUUACUGCAGUGUCAAGGGGAGUCUGAGUGCAGCUACGCUUACAACCUGUACGCCGAGGCGUGCGCCCCAGUGCUCCUGCAGGAGCAGCUGGCGAAAGGCAGUGAGGAAGGACCGGCGGCCGCUGCAGACUCUGUCACCUCCUCCAUGUGGCGGUGCCCCAGCCACUGCAUCGUGGCUCUCAUCCAGCUCAACCACACCCAGCACGGCCCAGCCUUGGAGGAAUGCGACUGCGCACAAGAUGAAACCUGCCGUGCCACCAAGCGUGCCAUCGAGCCCUGCUUGCCCCACACCAGCAGCCCGGUGGAGGACAGCCCCGGAGGUGGCCCCAGGGCGGGUGGCCCUGGAGUCAUGGGCUGCACAGAGGCGCGGCAGCACUGUGACUGGGACAGCUGGUGUAGCGUGGCGCUCAGCUGCUACAUGACCUACUGCGGGAAACUAUUCAAUGGGCUGUGCUGCACGACGGAGUGCCGUGCCAUCAUCAAGGACAUGCUGGACAUUCCCAAGGCCGUGCUGCUCAAUGACUGCAUGUGCGAUGGGCUGGAGUGGCCCAUCUGUGAGUCGGUCAAGGAAAACAUGGCCCGCCUCUGCUUUGGCACGGAUAUGGACAACAACGGCACUGGCAGCAGCGAUGGCUUGGACAGGGGCCUGGAAGAGUACUAUGACGAGAACUACGAGGAGUACCCAAGCCAGAAGGGGAGGGACGACCUGGAGGACAAUACGGGCUCCAAGCCCAGCUUCCCCAUGCAGACAGAUAGCGCUGGCCAGGCUGCCAGCGCUGCCUGGGCUCUUCUGGCCUCCAUCUUAUUGCCGCUGCUGCCGCGGCUCUAG